AUGCUGACGGCGGGAGAAAAGGUCCAUGCAGAUGGUGGAUACCCUGGUGAACCAGAUCAUAUUGUAAUGCCUGCGGAUGAUAUAUCUGCUGCAUUUACAAAGUUGGCAGCACAGGACAGAGGCUGGCACGAGACUGUGAACCACCGGUUCAAAAUGUUCAACAUUCUACACCGCGUGUUCCGGCACGACGUGGACAAGCAUCAGCCGGCUUUUAUGGCAGUUGCUGUGAUCACACAGUUGGCUCUCGAAAAUGGUGAGCCACUCUUUUCUGUGGAGUAUUCUGAAGAGGACUGUACCUUGUAA